GCGCCUCGAUCGAUCUCUCCGAGUUCCGAGUUUCUCGAGUAGGUUAGUCCUUUCCGUUUCUUGGUUUCCCUCGUUGGCUUCGUCAAAAUAUGAGAAAGUGAUGGAGAACCGUUCGAUAUCUAAAAAGAGGAAGUUCGUUGGCGAUGGUGUCUUCAGAGCUGAGCUGAACGAGUUCUUAACUCGUGAGCUCGCCGAAGAUGGCUAUUCGGGCGUGGAGGUCCGUGUGACACCAAAUCGGACCGAAAUUAUUUUACUGGCUACUCAUACGCAGAGCGUACUUGGCGAGAAGGGACGUAGAAUCAGAGAGUUGACGUCUGUAGUACAGAAGCGCUUCAACUUCAAAGAGCCCCAGAAUGUUGAGUUGUAUGCUGAGAAAGUGGCUACGCGUGGUUUGUGUGCUAUUGCACAGGCAGAGUCACUUCGAUACAAGCUGAUUGGAGGUCUUGCUGUGCGAAGGGCAUGCUAUGGUGUUCUGCGUUUCAUCAUGGAAUCUGGUGCAAAAGGUUGCGAAGUCGUUGUCAGUGGUAAAUUACGUGGUCAAAGAGCAAAGUCAAUGAAGUUUGUUGAUGGUCUUAUGAUUCAUUCGGGUGAGCCGACUAAUGAAUACGUGAACACUGCGACUCGACAUGUACUUCUUCGACAAGGCGUGUUGGGAAUCAAAGUCAAAAUUAUGUUGCCUUGGGAUCCCAAUGGUAAGAGUGGCCCGAAGAAACCUCUUCCUGACUAUGUAUCAAUUGUGGAACCGAAAGAGGAAGUACCACCAUCGGUUCCAAUUUCUGAGGUGAAGCCAUCAAAAGAUAUACCUCAACCUACACCUCUCGCUGUAUAACAAUCAAUUUAAAUGCAUUUUUAUAUGCAUCUAAAAAAUAAAUAUAAAAAAAUAA